AUGGUAUCGGCAGCUCCUCCGCCUCUUCCUCUUUCGCUACCGCCUUCACCGCCACCAGAGCUUGGUUAUGUACGCACCGUGGUGCUGAUGCUAUUAUGCAUUCUAAUAGUAGCCGCCAUCAUUUAUGGGACCCUCAGGGAAAAUGCUGCUGAUCAAAGAGCCCAUCCAACGCACGACAUUGAAUCUGGGGAACCAACAAUAACAACACCAUUAACCGCACCACCAAGAACGAGAAGAUCAGCCAGAAGACCGCCGCUGCGGCCACGGCUAAUCUGUUGUGGUAUACCUUUCAAGUAUCGAGUGGACAAGAGAGUUGGAUUUCAUAGUGACGAGUGUGUGAUUUGCAUGGAGGAGUUUGAGGAAGAAGAUAAGUGCAGGGUUCUUAAGUGUGAGCAUACGUUUCACAGAGGAUGCAUUGAGAAGUGGCUAUCUAGGGCUGCCAGUUGUCCGCUUUGUCGUGAUUCUGUUUAUGUCUUGCAAGGGGAUCAAUAUCCGCUUUACCCAUACUUGAAUAUGUAUAAUGUGUAG